AAUGGCGAGUCUGUGCAAGCGGCAGCAAUGCACGAUCGAGAGGCGCGGCUUUCGGCAGGAACUUGACUCGUGGCGGCACAAGCUCAUUCACUGUGUGGGGUUUGAAAGCAUCUUGGAGGGACUGUUUGGGCCGGGACUCAUAAAAGAUCUUACCCUGUUUCAAGAUUGCGAGCCUGAAGGAGUGUCAGACUGGUCGUUCGAUGAAAAUUGUCUUUUCUGCUGCUUAGACGAGAGAAAGUCAAGGCAGUUCGCUGCUGAAUAUACCUCAAAAACCAGCUCUUCUCAGGACCCCCCCCCAGCCCAACGGCCCAAGGACCAAAGCCCGCCAAAAGCGGCCCCCCUGGCCGCGACCUGCCUGCCGCUGCUAGACACCGCUGCCGUGCCGCUGCUAACCACGCUGCCGGUCGCUGCCUCUGCACAGAACCCCGUCCUCAGCAAGCUUCUCAUGGCUGACCAGGACUCCCCGCUGGACCUCACCAUCAAGAAGCCAGAUGUGGAAUCCCUGGACCAAGAUGGUGUGCUUGACCUUUCAACCAAAAGGGUCACCACAGCAGGCGGUUCCUCGCUCAGAAACUCUCACGGCUGCUCGACGCCACCCGUAGCGAAAGGGCGUCCCGUGAGAGCUGACCACAACUUUCGAGACGGAGACGAGGACGGGCCACCCCCGAGAAGCUUUCAGGACGGGACGAGGGAGACUUACGGCAACCCCAGCCCUCCCAAGCCCCCCCUAGCUCGCUCGCUGCUGAUUAAGGAGGAGCUGCUGGCCCAGCAGCAGCAUCGCCGGCUUCAGACCGGGUUCCCGCUGGCCGCAUCAAAUCACGGGCAGCCCUCCCCCCCCAGGGAUGGCUCCUCUUGGAGAAAGCCUCACCUGGAUGGCCUGCUGAAGCUGAAGGCAAGCGGUGCGCUUAGCGACCUGAAGGACCUGCCAUUGUUCCUGGAAGGCUCCGGUGCGUCCCCAGCAAAGGGCACCAGCAGCCAGGCAAAGUCGCAGGAGUCCAGGAAGGAUCACGGCCACUCGCCACCCGUCGACCUGAAGAUCCCGCAGGUGCGGGGCAUGGACCUGUCCUGGGAUUCGCACGCAUCCGACCUCUUUGGCUACGGCUCCCUGGUGGUGGCGCCCCACAGCGAGAACGCGCUGAGCAAGAAGCUGCGGGCUAUCUUGCCCAAACAGAACAGGCGUAGCAUUCUGGAAGGGGCCUCAGACUUCUGGGGCUCUGACGUGGAGCAGUCCACCUCCGGGCAGCAGUACCCAACCUCCGAUCCAGAAGGUGAUCCUGGCUCAAAACAGCCCCGCAAGAAGAGGGGCCGCUACCGGCAGUACAACAGCGAGAUUCUGGAGGAGGCCAUCUCGGUGGUAAUGAACGGCAAGAUGAGCGUGUCCAAGGCGCAGAACAUCUAUGGUAUCCCUCACAGCACGCUGGAGUACAAGGUGAAGGAGCGCCUGGGCACGCUGAAGAACCCGCCAAAGAAAAAAAUGAAAUUGAUGCGGAUGGAAGGUCAGGAUUCGUCAGCUGAGGCAGAUCCCGCCCCCAGGGAGGAAGGAUCACGGGGCCCCAGCGAGUCAAAAGACGAGUAAAAGCAAAAAAAAAAAAAAGGAGGAAAAAAGAGGAAAAGGAAAAAAGAU